AAUUAGGAAACGUGACCUUUAGGAAAGUACUUAAUUCAAGGAACGACACAGGUCAACCGACUUACUAUUCUUACUACAGAGUCUCACUUAGACUUCGCGGGCUUCGUGACUGUGCGUUACGACCCGCAGUAACAUGACUGACACACCUGAGGAAGUACUCCUGAGUAUCACACAAAAUAGAACCAAUGGUUUGCACAGGUGUACAUCAAAACAAUCAAACUGCCUUAAUCACACCCAAUCGCCCUAUUUUGAAGAAAGUUUUGUCCGUUUUGGGUAAAUCUAGAAAAAUCGCAAUAGAAAACUUUGGGCAAGUGGCACGGAAUCCUCAAAAUGUUUGGAUAAGUCUGGUGUUUCUCCCUAUAUUUCCACAGAAUCAGUCUUCAGUAAUAAGGAUAGUAGUAUUCAAAAAGCAAAAUGAAAAAAUCAGCUAAUACAACUGAUGUGUCGGAUAGUGCUAACUCACUUCCUAAUGCUGAUAAAUCUUUGUCAUCUGGACAAUUCCCAAACGGGAUUAAUGAGAAACUCUUAAAGCAACUCACUAACGUCAUGUUGGUCUCUGGGUCUGGUAGUUCUAGUGGUGUGACAGAAAAGAAGUCUAAAAAUGACUAUCGAUUCUGGAGGACACAGCCAGUUCCUGACCUCACUGAAGAGAUUACUGACAAUGGUCCAAUUGAACCAGAUUCAAAACAUGAAGAUAUUCGCUCACAGCCUUAUACAUUACCUGAAGGAUUUUAUUGGUGUGAAGUUUCUUUGGAUGAUGAAACUGAGCUACAAGAAUUGUAUGAUCUUCUGUAUGAAAAUUAUGUUGAAGACGAUGAUCAUCUAUUCCGAUUUGAUUAUUCCAAGCAUUUCUUACAAUGGAUCCUAAGGUCACCUGGUUGGCAUAAAGAUUGGCAUGUUGGACUUCGUGUAACUAAAAGUAAAAAACUGGUUGGAUUUAUAGCAGCUAUUCCAUGCCAUCUACAGAUAUAUGAUAAAGCAAAACAGUUAGUUGAAGUCAACUAUCUUUGUGUCCAUAAAAAAUUACGUUCUAAACGUAUGGCCCCUGUACUUAUUCGAGAAGUAACUCGUCGUGUUCAUCUACGUGGGAGAUUUCAGGCUUUGUUUACGAGUGGAACUUUACUUCCAAAACCAGUCAGCAAAUGUCGAUAUUGGCAUCGUCCUCUCAAUCCACGUAAACUUCUUGAAUGUGGAUUUUCACAUCUUACUCACAACAUGACUCUUCAACGAACAAUUAAACUAUACAGAUUACCUGAAGCUCCUCUUGUCAAAGGUUUUCGUCAAAUGACAAAAAAAGAUGUUCCCAAAGCGUGGCCUUUAUUAUCUGAGUACUUGGAAAAGUUUAAUAUUCAUCCAAUUUUUACAAAAGAAGAAUUUCAGCAUUUCUUUGUUCCUCGAGAUGAUGUUGUGUAUUCUUUCAUAGUUGAGAAUGGAGAUGGGCAAAUCACAGACUUCUGUUCGUUCUAUGUCCUUCCCAGUUCAGUCAUGAAAAGCAAACAACACAAUAGCCUUCGCGCGGCCUACUCAUUUUACAAUGUUUCUACGGUAACACCAUGGCCUGCAUUAAUUCAAGAUAUGUUGAUUUCAGCCAAACAAUUAAAGUUUGACGUAUUCAAUGCCUUGGAUCUAAUGGAAAAUGGAAAGUUCCUGGAAGAGUUAAAAUUUGGCAUUGGAGACGGUGAUCUGCAUUAUUAUUUGUAUAACUGGCGUUGUCCGUUCACCAAGCCCUCUGAGAUUGGAAUAGUAUUACAAUAAAUGAAAUACUGCCGAAAUUUUGCAUUGACAUCUAACAUUACUAAGUACAUCAAAUCUGCAUAUCUUUUCACGCUUUAAUGUAUCAUAUACUUUCUGUUCAGUGAACUUUACAAACCAUGCUGAACCUUUACACCGAAUAAAUUUUUAAAAUCUCGUUUAAUUUGCUGUAGUUAUCUCUGUCUUAGUUUCAUAAUCGUUCUUACUGAUCAAUGCAAUUGUUUUGAAAUUCAUAUGAGCAUUAUGUCGAAUAGCUUAUCAGUUGUCCUCGAUUCCCCUUUCUCCUCUUUUUUUCUUCAGCUUUCAAAAAUGACACAAAUUGUACCUUACUCUACUGUUAGUGUUUGCCAGUAUUUUUGUCUGUUCUUUGAAAUAUAUUUCUACACAUGUAUACCGGUAAAUCGAUUAAAUUCUUUAUUUCUCAGUGUAAAUUAUGUGAUUUUCAUUAAAAAAAACUUGUAAACAAGUAGCGUAGUUAGUAUUUAU